AUGAUGCGCCGUCUCGCUCUCCAGUCUUCGAUUCGUCGUGCGACACCCUUCGCGACACCACUGGUGGCCUCGACGAAGGCUCUCAACCCUAUGUGCAGCGCCAUUACCAUCCGUGAGGCGUCCACCGUGGCCAUCUCUGUGCAGGGAUUACAUUACGUUGGUACAGGCCUGGCAGCCAUUGCCCUUGCCGGAGUCGGUUUGGGUAUUGGAACCAUCUUUGGUAACCUGUUGGUGGCAUGUGCUCGGCAGCCCAACUUAACGAAGAUGCUUUUCAACUAUGCCAUUCUUGGAUUCGCGCUUACGGAAGCUAUCGGCCUAUUCGCCCUCAUGCUUGCGUUUCUGAUGCUCUUCUCGUAG